AAUUCAUUCUUUUUGUUUGGGAAUUAACACGAUACCAAAAUUCUUGGGUGAAAUAAGACGGGACUGCAGUUAAAGAUUGUGGGCAAUCGUUUUGUUUAAUCGGUGAAUUAAUUGGUACAUAGCAAAGAUCGGGGAAAUUAAAUUUCUGUUAAUAUUGAUAUGUUUAUUAAAAGCGGAUUUGUUUAUCUCAAGUACAAGUUUACAUUGUCCGAUGAAAUAAACGCAAUUACGCUGCCUGUUAAUUAAAAGUAAAUAAUACAAUUCAAACGUGGCAAGAACAGUUUAUUUGUAUUACGUUACUGUCUCUUCAUUGUUUCGUGAUAAAAUCUCGUUGCAUAUUUGAACAUCGUGUACGAAGUGUGAAAAAUUAUUAAGAGCAAGUGUCUAAAUGCAAUAUUAUGGAAAAAGGAAUAAAAGAAAAGACAGAACAAGUGUAGUAGAAUGUUCAAGGAAGAGGCUCUCAAUCUCGAGGAAGAUUACCCUUUGUUUUUUGACCGUGUGUGAGUGUACUUACGUGUGACCUACUGCUCAGCUGACCGGGGUUGAAGCAGCGCGCCCCGGAAGUCACGCCUUCAAUUUUCAAGUGUUAAUAUUUUAGGAACGAUGCCUCAGCAUGCCGAAUGGUCAAACCUCGAUACUUACCACUUCCAGAGCGGUCUGCCUGUUUCUUUGAGCCGCUUGUUCCACACCUGUAUUUACUGCGACUAAGGAAGAUUAAUCCAGGUUAACAAUGUCCGACAGCCUCACUCCUUUAAUUUCGAGAUCGUGCAUAAAGUGUUUAGACAUUACACGAAUUCUGCUACUUCUUUCGAUUGUCCUUUUUGUGAAACCGACAAAAUGAGAUUAAUCCAAACGAGGUCGAUUUUAAUUAAUUUUUACCUGGAGGAUCUUCGUGACGCAUAGGUGAGGUGAACGUGUAGUACUGAAAUGGUAACGAAAAGAAAAUACGAGGCCAAGUAAAUUAUAGGCAAAAGGUUGUCCGUUUUUUUUAAACUUCACCCUGAAGUUAAAUUAUUAUGAAUAGAUGAUUUGCUCGGUGCACUGCUCUGGGAAAUGUUAACGGAAGUGUGUUUCGCGAUGCGAGAAAAGUUUGUUGACAGAAAUACAUAUGAGAAGAAAAGGUCUCGAGGGUUAUGAGACGACUCGUGUGAGUUUUGCUGAAGAAAUUGGGCCCCUGCUCGAUGAGCUAAGUUGCAACUUCGUUAUUUUAUGAAGAAGUUCUCAGAGAAAGCUUCUCUCGAUGAGCUUGUCUCAGCGAAUCAAAAUCAGAGAAACUGGCGUGGAAUUUUGAUUGCUCUUCUGGUGAUUGUCGCGGUCCUGGCUUUGAUUGUGACAUCAGUUGCCCUGUUGACCCCGCCGGAUGAGGGCCCUAGAGUACGGGGUACAAGACUACGGCUUUCCGAGGUACUAUCCGGGGAAUUAACGCCACUUCUCUUCAAUGGAUCAUGGACAAGCGAGCAACACAUAUGCUACAGGGAUGUUUGGGGUGGAAUUUCGCUAUUGCACGUUGUUCAAGAUAAUGUUACCUCCCGUAGUUUAAUGCCCAAUGAAACAUUUAGAAGACUGAACCCUGCCAAGUUCUUGUUAUCGCCGGAUCGUAAAUACUUGCUUCUAGCUCACAAUGUGAAGAAACUGUUUCGAUACUCAUAUUUAGCACAGUACACAGUUUAUGAUGUAAAUACACGGGAAAUUAUACCGUUGACUCCAUACCCAGAGAAAGAGGGACAUCCUUAUCUUCUAUUGGCACAAUGGACUCCACGUGAUCAUGGACUCGUUAUGGUGCAAGAUUAUGAUAUUUAUUACAUAACUGGUCCUAUGAGCAAUACAGGAUAUCGUGUUACCAAUACAUCGAUCCCUGGUAUUCUAUCAAAUGGAUUACCAGAUUGGCUUUACGAAGAGGAAAUAUUACAUUGUGCGGAGGCUAUUUGGAUGUCACCGGAUGGUCACAUGAUGCUGUAUGCAUCGUUCAAUGAUUCACUUGUUGAGGAAAUGCACAUAUCGUGGUUUGGAGAAGAAAACAAGGCUCUUUAUCCUGAUAUACGCUCUCUUCGUUAUCCCAAGCCGGGAACUCCGAAUCCAGUGGUGCGACUCUACGUAGCAGAUUUGGCAGAUCCAAAGAAUAUUCAUACGAAGGUAGUGAAACCGCCACCUAUCAUCGAGCAUGUAGAACAUUACUUUACCUCGGCUUCUUGGGUGUCUUCAACGGAGGUGUGCAUAACGUGGUUAACACGAGCUCAGAACCUUUCGGUUGUAACUAUGUGCAAAAGCCCAAUGUGGCAUUGUCAGGAAAUCCAAAGAAUAGUGAGCGAAGAUCGCGGAUGGGUAGACACACCGCCCGAAGCACCGAUUUUCUCAGGAAACGGAAGCAGUUAUAUCGCAAUAAGUCCGGUUAAGGAUGGUCCAGCCGGUUAUUAUAAGCACAUCGUUUGGGUGAAUGUCGCUCGAAAAUUGGUUGUGCCUCUUACGCACGGAAAGUUCGAAGUCACCCAAAUAGUAGCAUGGGAUCAAGUAAACAAUACCAUAUAUUUUAUAGGUAUACCGCCUAUGCGACCAGGUCAGAGACACCUUUAUUACGUGAGUUCACUGUUACCGAAUGUCGGCACGUCUCUGCAUCCUGCAGUCUGCAUUACUUGUACAGAAUCCUCGGAAGGAAUUCCGAAGGAUCACCAAACAGUUAUCUCUCAUCAUCGUAGUUCGUCUGAUAAUUAUAUACACGAUCACUAUGAGCCGCGAGCAGAUAGUAGCCACCACGUGGAACGAGAUCAGGCGAAGGAGAAAGCUUCGAGGAAACAAAAAGCGAAGGCGUAUGUACCUCCAACGUUUAACGAAGAACCUUGUCAAUAUCAUAAUGCUAUUUUUCCACGAGGGAGCACGAACUAUUUUAUUUUAGAGUGUUAUGGGCCCAGUAUACCGACUGUUGCUUUGUACAAAACUGAAUUACCUAUGCCAAGGCUUAUCUACGUUUUGCAGAACAAUACACAGUUACGUGAAAGAGUUGCCAGUCUCGCGCUUCCACAAGUAAAGACAUUCCCCGUUCAAAUAAGCGGCGGUUAUAACGCACAAGUAAGACUACAUUUGCCGCCUGGUUUGAGGGAAGAUGAAAUCACGAGGUACCCCUUAAUCGUACAAGUAUACGGUGCGCCUGGAACGCAAUUAGUAACGGAAAUGUUUAAAAUAGACUGGAACACAUACCUAGCCAGUAGGAAAAAUGUGAUUGUCGCCCAGAUCGAUGGUAGGGGCAGUGGAGGCCAGGGUUACAAGUUUUUGCAUGAAGUCUACUAUAGACUUGGUUCUGUAGAAGUUGCUGACCAACUUGAAGUUACUGAGUAUCUACGGGACUCGUUGCACUUUGUAGACAAAAGACGCGUUGCUAUUUGGGGUUGGAGCUACGGAGGUUUCGUAGCUGCACUUGCAUUAGCACAUCCCGAGCGAAGUGUAUUUCAGUGUGGUAUAAGUGUGGCACCGAUUGUGUCAUGGAAACUUUAUGAUUCCGCAUUCGCCGAAAGGUACAUGGGCAUGCCAAAUGUUGUGUCAAAUUACAAAGGUUACGCGGAAUCGGACGUUUACGACAAAGUGGAAUAUUUACGAGAUAAAAUGUUUUAUCUAGUGCACGGCACUGCUGACGAUAAUGUACAGUUUCAACAGUCAAUGGCACUUGUACGACAUCUUGCCAAAAAGGGCAUUCUUUUCCGACAGCAGGUGUAUCCAGACGUGAGCCACACUUUAGCGGGAGUCAAGGGUCACCUGUACUUAUCAAUGGCACAAUUCUUAGACGACUGUUUUCAGAAGCAAAUACCUACCGAUACAAAAGCGGGUCUUAUCAGUGGUGGUACUAGUUUGUAGCUGUAUGUAUAUAAUGUGAUUCAAAAAACAAUCUAAGAUUUUGUGAAAAGAACUCUAUGCAUAAAUAUUCUAUCUUAAUAUCUCCAUAUUGUGUUCCGUUCAUUGAUAUCUUUAGAAAAAAAAAAGAUAUUUUCGCAUUAUUUUGUACACUGAAUUGAUGUUGUAACGAAAGGGCACACAAAGAUCGUUAUUUACGAGCAACUUAAAUUACAAUUAUUGUAUUUUCAAUUAAAGAUGGAAUUUAAAUGAAUAAAAAUGAACCUAUGCAAUUUUAACAAUAAAUAAAUAUCGAAAUGUUGAAUUUUAAGCAAACUGUUUCUGGAAAAGAUCUAAGCGAUCGUCAAUUAAGAAUAAAUGAAAUAACGUAAGAACCAUUACUCACUUGAAGAUUAAUCAUUUAUUUAAAUAUACUUACAUGUAUAUCUAUGUAUAUUGUAUAAGUUUUCAUUUAAAUUAAACUAAUUUUUUCAAAGUACUUGUUUAAAAUGGUGUUAUUUCAUUAUGCGAUGUUCUUGU